AUGGCAUCUUCUGGUUUUGGCCCUUUGCAAUCCCCUCGUUGUGGUGUAACACAUGGCAAAAGUGAUGGCGUGUUUCACUUGGUUGAAAAUUAUUCCUUUUUCAAUGGGAAUCCUAAAUGGGAAAACUUCCCGGUGACCUAUGGUUUCCGAUCUGGUUUUCCCCUGCCGGCGGGUUUGGAUACUCAAGAGGUGGAAGAUGCCAUCGAUGCCAUUCCUAAAUUUGCAUUUCAAAAGGUAGAACCAGGCGACGGAGCUGAUAUAAAUAUUGCGUUUGCUGAACUUAGCGGCACAAUGUAUGGUUUUGCCUAUGCACCACCUAAUGGGUCGCUUUUCCUUGGCAUAGACACCAACUGGAGCACAAGUUCUAAUCCUGGAACGCUCCAACUAGACCUGCAAUCUGGAGCCAUGCAUGAAAUAGGACAUACCCUGGGCCUUGAUCGUAGUGAAUUUGAAGAUGCAGUCAUGUUUGUCACACUUUAUACUGGAACUACCAAAAGGAAACUUAGCCAAGAUGACAUUGAUGGCAUUCGGACUUUAUAUGCCUAG